AUGGCGAGGGAUUUGUCUAGUUUGUACGCUAGACUUAGGCUCACAGAGAAGGAAUCUCAAGUUUUGGAGGUUGUCGAAGCUGUAGACGGUUUAUCAGUGGAAAAACGAGCAAAAUGUCUUGCUUUCAGGGUGCUUGCUGACCCGGAGGUGAACAAAGGGGCGUUGAAGACUAUUAUGCUCCAGAUUUGGCAACUCGAAGGUAAGGCGGUUAUUAAGGAGAUUGGGCGAAAUACGUUUCUGUUGGAGUUGAUUAGGGUUUCGGGCAAGAAGCGUAUUUUGUCGGGAAGACCGUGGUCCUUUGAUGAAUUUUUGCUUUGUCUCCAUGAUUGUGAAAGGGUUAACACCAUUAAGGAGAUAGGGUUUACUGAAGAGGUCUUCUGGGUCCAGUGUCACGGCCUCCCUUUCGCAGGGAUGACCCAAAAUACGGGACAGGCCAUAGGUGAGCAUCUGGGGAAGGUUCUUGUCAUUGACACGGAUAGUAGUGGGGUUUACUUUGGUGCAUUUCUGCGUGUUAAGCCGUCUGAACAUCUCACUGGCCUGGAGGAGAGGUUGGUGCAUAAUCAGGUCCCUGAUUAUCAGCAGAAGGAUUUCAGUUGCAAUCAGGGGGAGCUGGUGGUGGGGCUAUCGGGAAUGAUCUCAGUGCAGAAGUUCAGGAACUGGAUAAUUGUGGGGCAAAUCGCCCACGUGGGAAUGUUCUACUGGACCUGGGCCAUGGUAAAAAUUGGAAAAAAAAGGGCCCGAUCAAGCCCAGUUUUGGUACGGCCCCAGUUAAUGGAGGUGGAUGGUUUUGAGCCCAUAGCAUUGAGCACUAAAGGUCAGGAGGAUGUUGAUGUAGAGGAUUCGUCCCCUAAACGUGUUAGAAGGGUGCUGAGUGAGAAGGAUGAUUUUGGUUUGGCAGUGGCUGCUGGGUAG